CCCUAGAGGUGCACGGUGCCGGCCGGACCCCCAACACCCACCCACGGUCAGGGCCUCUGGUGUUCAUUCUCGCUGACGCUCGCCCUUCCUCCGGGGCAAAGCCAGGAGAGUGAAGGAACCCUCUUCGACGACACUCUACCCAAAAAGUCCCGAAGUCCUCUGGCGUUGCAGAGCGGAGGACUGAAGGACGUCGACUAUUUCCCUCUUUUAUCUCGACAAAAGGAAUCAGAUCCAUCCAAAAUGCGACUACUGACGGGAGCCCUUUUGGCUGUGGUCAUCCUCCUGCAGCUUCUAGGAGGAAAGACGCAAGCCCUAACUACCAAAGCAGACGUUAUCGAGGAAAUAAACGCUAAACAACUCGAAAACCUAUUAGCUGAAAGUGAUUACGUGGCAGUGUAUUGGUACAAGAAAAGCUGCAAGGACUGCGAUAAGGUCUUGGCUGAACUUGAAACCAUAGACGAUGACACGGACAGAUUCGGCGUGCAGUUCGUUAAGGUCGCGGACAAGAAACUCGCGAAGUCCUAUGGCGUCAAGACUUUUCCCUCUCUGUCCUUCUUCAGGAAUAAGGAACCCAUGCACUAUGAAGGUGACUUAAUGGACGAGGCUGGAGUCCUGGAGUUCCUGACGAGCCUCGAGGCCAUGGAACUUCCUGACCAGAUCGAGGAAGUCAACGCCAAGAUCCUUGACAAAAUCGUCGAGGAGCAGGAGUUCGUAGCUGUUCUCUUCUGUUACGACGGCGAUUCCUGCAUCUCAGGAGAACAUAAGAACGAGUGCCGACGCUGCGUAAAAGUCCUGCAAGAACUGGAGAACGUAGACGACGACGCAGACCAGCUGGGAAUCGCCUUCGUCAAGAUCAACGACGCGGAGCUGGCCGACGAGUACUCCUUGGGCGCUCUUCCCGCACUGGUCUACUACCGACGCCGCAUCCCUGUUGUCUACGAUGGUGACUUGAUGAACGAAGACAAGGUUCUCGAGUGGUUGGUGGAGAACAAGAACACAGGAGAUGACGAUGACUUUAUCAACGACGUGACAGCGGGCCUCCUCAACACGCUGAUCGACUCCAUGGACCACCUCGCCGUCAUUUUCUACGACCGCGACGAAUCCGACGACACAGUGAUCCUGCAGGAGCUGGAGAACAUCGACGACGAACUGGACGCGCAAGGGAUCCACAUCGUCAAGAUCGCCGACGAAGUGGCUGCCAAGGACUACGGCAUCGAGGAUACGCCCGCCCUCGUCUACUUCGAGCAUGAGAUCCCCUCGCUGUACGACGGGGACCUGCACAACGAGGAGGAGGUGCUGGCGUGGCUGAUCGAGCAAUUGCACACGGACGAGAUCGAGGACGUAACGGACGAGAUGCUAGAUAAGCUGAUCCGGGAGUCUGAUCAUCUGGCCGUCCUUUUCUACGACGAGGACGAACCGGAGUCCCAACAAGUCGUGAAUGAGUUGGAGAACAUCGACGACGAGUGCGAUGCGAGCGGCGUGUCCUUCGUCAAGAUCGACAACGACGACGAAGCGCAGGAAUACGGCAUCGAGAAACUCCCCACGCUCGUCUACUUCGAGAAGGGAAUUCCGUCGCUCUACACCGGUAACCUGCUGGCCGAGGACGAGGUACUGGACUGGCUCGUACACCAAGUGGAGGACGACGAGAUCGAGGACGUGACGGACGAGAUGCUGGACCGACUCAUCGACCGCACCGAGCAUCUGGCCGUCCUCUUCUACGACAAAGACUCCCGCCGCAGCCGCAAGGUCCUCGCCGAACUGGAGAACAUCGACGACGAGUGCGACAGCCGCGGCAUCUUCUUCGUCAAGAUCGACAACGACGAGGAAGCCAAGGAGUACGGUAUCGAGACCAUCCCGACGCUGAUCUACUUCGAGAGCGAGAUUCCCUACAUUUUCGAAGGCGACCUGAUGAAGGAGGAGGAGGUGCUGGAAUGGCUGCUGCACCACGUCGACAACGAGGAGAUCGCGGACGUUACGGACGAAAUGCUGGACAAACUGAUCACCAAUGAACCCUUCUUGGCGGUUCUCUUCUACGACAAAGACGAUGCCGAGGACCACGAGAUCCUCGGAGAACUGGAGAACAUCGAUGAUGACUGCGAACAAGCCGGCGUUCCAUUCGUCAAGAUCGACAACGACGCCGAAGCCAAGGAAUAUGGAAUCGAAGAGUUGCCCACGCUCGUCUACUUCGAGAACCGAAUCCCGAGUAUCUACGAAGGUGAUCUGUCCAACGAGCAAGAAGUCCUGGCGUGGUUGCUGCAGCAGAAGAACACAGACACUAUCGAGGAAGUCACCGACGAAAUCCUGGACGACCUCAUCGGCAACUUCGAAUACGUCGUUGUCUAUUUCAGCGGCAAGUGCGAGGAAGGCGAAAAAUGCGACAAGAUCCUGGACGAGCUGGAGAACAUCGACGACGACACGGACGACCACGGCAUGCACUUCGUCACCACGGAGGAGACGUCCCUCGCCCACCAACACGGCAUCAAGACCAUCCCCGCCCUGGCCCUCUUCAGGAACGGAGAGCCGGUGGUGUACAAGG